AUGUCAUUACGACGAAGUUAUUCAAAAGAAUCUCGUUCACGUUAUGCUCGUUCAUCAUCAUUUAGUAAUGAUCAUUCAAGUUCUUCAUAUCAUCAUCGUCCAUUAAGUUUUCGUUUAAUUGAACGAGAUCGUUCAUUACCACCUCUUGGUUUUGAUUGUAAUGAUGACCAAUAUUCUUUUGAACGUCGUUCAAAACAAGUUCGUGAUGAUUUUCAACGUCGUUCAAAAAAAUUUCGUGAUGAUUUUGAACGUCGACUUCGCUGCCGUUUUGAUGAUGAUGAUUUUGGUCGUCGACUUCGUUGCCCUUUUAAUGAUGAUGAUUUUGAUCGUCGAUUUCGUUUGGGUUUUCAUGAUGAUUUUGAUCGUCGACUUCGUUGUGGUUUUCAUGAUAGUGUAUUUGAUGAUCCAUUUUUUAAAUCUAACAUUGGAAAUAGCUCAUUAGGUUUUGGACGUAAUAUUCCAAUAAAUUACCAAACAAAUAAUAAUUCAAUAUCAACAGGAAGAAGAAUACCAAUUCAAUAUAGACCAUCACCAAUGACUAAUCGUCAUGAAAAAGUUUGUAAACAAAUUAAUGUUAAUACUGAUGGCACAUCAAAUUCAUUUCAACGUAAUAAUGACUAUUUUGAUAGACGAGAAAAUCGAUUUUCAACUAAUGAUUGGACACCAAGACAAGAAUCUCCAACACGUAAACGAGCAACUAUGACAUUAGUCGUUCGACCACCUCGCAUUCAAUAUUCAGAUGCAUCUUAUCAACAACGAACUAUGUCAACACCAACCUACACAUCAUCAAAUAUAACAAAUUAUUAUUGA